GGUGGGGGGAGGGUCAUGGGAUGCCGAUCUUGGGAGUGCCUGAGGGAUGUGUAUCCCCGCGUGCAGGCCGCACAGAGCACAGGGGGCACAAGGCAUGUUCAUGGGGCUCGGGAACAGGGCGGCGCACGACCCAUCGACACGCGUCCAGGAGAGGGUCUCCGUGCGGCCGUGUCGCGCCACGUCGCCGGGGCGGGGCCGGGGCCGGUUCCCGUGAGUCACGGCGCUGCCUCUCGCCCCUCCCCGCGCCGCCUCAUAAAGCGCCGCGGAGCCGAGCGCCGCCGCCCGCGGCUGAGGCACGGACUCCAGCCCCUGGGAAGCCCUGCCAGGAUCCUUCUGCUCUGCUGGGGCCUGGCUGCUUGCUGCACAGGUGCCAUGUCCUUGCAGCCGCCCAGCAUCACCACCCUGCGGAUGCCAGCAGAGCUUCCUCACCCAGGGGAGAGUGUGACUGUGUCAUGUGAAGCGUUGAGUGAGCUUCCAGAGUCGACACUGCUCUACUGGCUGGAAAACGGCUUCUUCGUGGAGAGCCUGCACCCGGACGGGGCUGUGCGUGAGGGGACAGUGCAAGAGGAGCUGCAGGGCUCGGGGUGGGCCCUGCACCGUGACCUGCACUUCAGCUCUUUCAACAGCCAGCACCUGCACACCAACUUCACCUGCGUGGUGCUCAGUCCCCUCGGUGUCGACACCAGGGAGGUGCGAUGGCCGUCCCAAGCACUGGCCCCUGUCACUGGGAAGAGUGGGGGCCUGGGCUGAGAUGGGGGAGCAACUCCCACGCUGGGUGAGCACCCUGCAGUGCAGCUCCCUGCUCUGACAGCUGCACACUACUGCAUGCACGUGUGAUACCUCCAGGGAGGCCUGUCUCUCUGACCUGCUUUGGGGACUGCAUGGCCCCACAUGUGCUGGCCCCACUGUGAGUGGGGCUCCUGGUGCCCCAAGCUAAGUCAGGAGCACUGCCUGGGUUGGAACCAGCUCUGCCCAUAGCUGGCUCUGGGACCCCAGGGUUUAUUAAAGUACAUCAAGGCUG